ACUUGGAGGUCGGGUGAACGACGUCAUACACAGAAGGCGCCCAUAAUGGAGUAUAUCGCUGUGUAUAAAGUCCAUUGGCCGUACACGAGCUUCGACCAUAUUUUCGUUAACGACGUACACAACUACAACACCACCGCCCCGUUUCUAUAAAGCGAGCAGUUAUGAGCCGUGACAACACAUACGAGACGAGCAACUACCCACCGAGCAACGAUAGUGAGUUUGUACGAUACCUCUCCGACGACGGACCGAGAGCUAAUGAGCACGGAACAGCUACCUCCUCCGGAGGCUACGGAUCUUCGCAGAACCCGUUUGCAGAUACCAAGCAACGUGGACGCCCAGAAGACAGCUCGGGUGGUCUCAUUGACCAAUCCGUGAGCGGCGGACCCAUUGGGGACGAGAUACAAGAUGCGAAGCAGGGCAAGGACGCGUCCACAAGGGAGGAGUUUGCCCGGGAGGCGAAAAGGGACUUUGGCGUUGAGGGGAGCCAAGGCCUCAGCUCAUAUGGCAAACACCCAGACAACCGAAAUGAGGCGGGAGCCUCGCAGUAUGCAGAUAUGAGGGGGAGAGACUUCGAGACUGGAGCCUCCAUGGAAGACGCAUGAGAUUUCAAUACAAUGUCGCAAAGUCGUGUUUGCUGUACAACAGAGCAGAUCUUCGAAUUACUGGCCACAGUUGUACAUGACCGAUCGAAUGUCUGGGGUGGGCGUAUGCCCGGAGCGAGGGGUGAUCAUUAAUGAAAAACUGGCAACGGCUGGGUUAAUAAGACCGAUGUGGUGACCCAUCCGCAUGCUGAAUCAUGUUCUCUCUGCGUGUUCGGAAGUUGCUUGUUGUGCAUGAGCGCUGAGCUGGCGGUGCGGUAGCCAGGCACGGAUCCG